AGAAAACAUUAGACAAGUCGAGUUACAGAUAACUAAACUACAGCAGGAAUAGUUGCAGUACAAUGAAUAAAUAUUUGGUGACUUUAGUUGCCCUAGCAGUUAUAAACUGUUCGGUGAAUGGUCUGCCCUAUGGCAGUAAAGUAGCCACUUAUGGUGGUGGUGGAGGAGGAGGAGGUGGCGGCGGAGGUGGUGGAGGAGGUGGUUUUGGCCCAGGUGGCGGAGGAGGCAGCGGUCCCGGUGGUGGCCAUGGAAGUGCAGGAUUUGGUCCCGAUGGAGGUCAAGGUGGUGCUGGCGGUGGAGGUUUUGGUGGCGGUAAAGGCAGUGGUGGCGGUGGAGGCUUCGGCUCUGGUUCUGGUCUAGGAGGUGGUGGUGGUGGUUUUGGUCCAGGCGGUGGUGGUGGCGGUGGAGGCCCAGGCGGUGGUGGUGGUGGAGGUCCAGGCGGUGGUCAUGGCGGUAGUUCACUUUCUCAUGGAAGUGGUGAUGGACAGGGUGGCGGCAAUGGUCUUGGCGGUGGCGCUGGACAGGGAGGUGGUGGCGGCAAUGGUCUUGGCGGUGGUGGUGGACAUGGAGGAGGAGGCGGCAAUGGCCUUGGCAGUGGCGGAGGAGGUGGUGGAUUUGGUCCAGGAGGCGGUUCCGGUGGUGGAUUAGGAGGUGGUAAAGGCAGUGGUGGCGGUGGAGGUCUUGGAUCUGGUUCUGGUCUAGGAGGUGGUGGUGGCGGUUUUGGUCCUGGUGGAGGUUCUGGAGGACAUGGUGGAUCAGGUGGCGGUUCCAGUGGUUUUGGUGGUAAUGGCGCAGGUGGUGGCACUGGUAGUGGAUUUGGUGGUGGUAGCGGCGGAGGUGGUGGCAGUGGAUUCGGUGGUGGUGGCGGUCAUGGUGGUGGAGGCGGUGGCGGUCAUGGUUUAAGUGGCGGCGGCGGUUAUGGCGGUGGUGGUGGCGGCGGCUACGGUGGAGGUGGUGGCGGUGGUUAUGGCGGUUAUAAAAAACAUGGCUACUAAUCAAAAUCUUGUAUUUAAAACACUGUGAUGAUAUUUCUUGUGCUUUUUUAUGUAAAUAUUUAGAAAUAAAAUAAAUAAUACUUUAACAUAA